AUGGUGCAACUCACCUCUGCUCUUACCGUCAGCCUGGUCGGCCUGGCUGGUCUCGUUUCCGCUCACCCCGGCCACGAUGUCAGGGCUGAAGCUGCUGAGCGUGCCGCUUUCUUGAAGAGCUCUAGCAUCCAGACUCGUAGCCUUUCCCAGUGUGCCGCAAAGCUCAAGGCGCGUGGUCUCGAGAGCAAGAAUGUUGCUCGUCGCGAGCACGCUGUUAAGCACAUCCGUCGCCGCCGUGGUCUCAAUAACGAGCCUCGCUACCUCAAAGCCCGCGACCUUGACACCGUGGUGAACACCUCGCACAAGUCGAACCUGACCAACGUCGAUAUGUCGACUGAUGCCAGCAUCCUGUUCGGAUCCGAGGCUACCUGCAUUUUGGGACCGGAUGUCACUCAGGGUCCUUACUACGUCUCUGGCGAGUUGAUUCGUGAGAACAUUGCUGAGACACAGAGUGGUGUCCCACUGUACAUGGACAUCCAGGUCCUUGACACGAACACUUGCGAGCCUUUGCCCAACAUCUAUAUGGAUCUUUGGCACUGCAACGCUACCGGUGUGUACUCCGGCAUCCAGGCUAACGGAAACGGCAAUUCAAACGACGCAGCCAAUCUCGACGCCACUUUCCUCCGCGGUAUCCAGCCAAGCAACAGUGAUGGUGUCGUGCAGUUUGAGUCCAUUUUCCCGGGUCACUACACCAGCCGUGCUACUCACAUUCACGUGCUUACUCACUCCUCGGAUGAUACCGUCCUCGCAAACGAUACCCUCUCAGGCCUCUACACUGCCCACUCCUCGCAUGUCGGCCAGCUCUUCUUCGACCAAGAUCUCAUCACUGAAGUCGAGGCCACAUCCCCCUACUCCACCAACACUCAGGAUUUGACCACCAACGCCAAUGACAGCAUUCUCUCCGAAGAGGCUGAUACCAUUGAUCCGUUCAUGGAGUACGUGCUGCUUGGUGAUGAUGUGUCUGAUGGUAUUUUUGCUUGGAUUACUGUUGGCAUUGAUUCUACAGAAAGCACUAACAUUACCCCUGCUGCUUACUACACUGAGGAGGGUGGUGUUGAGAAUGAUAGCUCAAGCUCCGGUGGCGGUGGCGGUGGCGGUGGCGGUAGCGGUGGUAGCGGUGGUAGCGGUGGCUCUCCUCCUGGUGGUUCUUCUACUACCACUGCUCGCGGAGGUAGCCGAACCCAGGGCUUUUAG